UCACACACAUACACAAACAGUGAGUUCAUAAAAUAUUACCUAGUCAAAUUAGCAGCAUCUUGACGGACAACAAUAGUACAGUUCUGCUUAAUUAUACUGUAAAUGCAUCUGUAAAAAUAAUCUAGUAAUAUAGGAAAGGCCUACUGCAUAGUCACCGGCACAAUUUAUACUUUUACAUGUUGCUGCUAAAACUUAAGAGUAUUUUUUAUUUUUUUAAAACUAAGCUAUUCUUAUCCUUCCUACUGAUACAUUCAGACAUUGAAUAUCUGAAUACUUUAUGUAAAUGGUCAUUUAAAUGUUUCAAAUAGCCAACUUGAAAAUGAAAACCAGGGUAAUUAAAGAAAAGGUUGUUUUUAGUGAUGUUCAGUGAGUGCUCUGCAGUCUACUUGCCCUACGUUAACGUUGCAAAGCACGGACAUCUUCCUUUAACCCCCUCGCUGCCUCUUCUUCUCUCUGUGUAUCGAUGGCUGCAGGUGAAUGGCUCGCGCGGGUAUCGAUGUGUGUGUGGGCGCGCGGCCGGGGCGGUGGGCGGUGGGCGGAGAGGGAGGUUGCAGUGGAAGCAGACUAUAAAGUGGACCAGGGUCCGGAUCCAUCUCACCUGUCUGAAUUCCUUCAGUCAGACACGCAGCAUCUUCUUCUGCUCACCUGAGAGUUUUUUUGGACACGACAAGAGAGAAGCUGGGAUUUUAAAACAACAGCAACAACAAACCGGGAUUAAUUUAAGACACAUUUUGACUUCUUGCAGAGGAAAGGAACUUCACCCCGCAAGCAACAGCAGCAGCAGCAGCAGUCAUGAGCAGUCACUUGGUGCUGAUGGUGUGUCUCACGCUCGCGCUGGCGUUGUGUUCCCGCGGCGGGGAGGCGCGAGUCAGACUGAACGCCAUCAGGACGGUGAUCCUGACGGAGGGCCACGCGCUGCCAGUGAACAGGAGCGCGUGGGAGCCAAACUUGGACCUGACGCUCUACCAGUGCAUGAGCGACCUGGAGUGCAGCGAGGGCAGCUACUGCCACGCCCCCGCCAAAGGCCCCGCCCACUCGCGCUGUCAGAGCUGCCGCAGGAGGAAGAGGCGCUGCCUUAGGGACAGCAUGUGUUGCCCGGGCAACCGCUGCAACAACAAUAUCUGUGUUCCCCAAGUGGAUAGUUUUGUGUCUGAGAGGAUCCCAGACUCGGAUGGAAGGAUCAGUCCUCUGUCUAAAAAGAAAGGAUGGAGGAAGAGGGGGAAGGUGGACGUCAAAGGGACAUCCGGUAAAGGUCAGGUAGGAGAUCCCUGUCUACGCACCUCAGACUGUUCAAGUGGUUUGUGCUGCGCCCGUCACUUCUGGGCUCGCAUCUGCAAGCCGGUGUUGCGGGAGGGACAGGUUUGCACGCGACACCGCCAGAAGGGGAAUCAAGGCCUGGAGCUGUUCCAGCGCUGCCCCUGCGGUGAUGGAUUUAGCUGCCGAACGCUGCAAGAUCUCAGUGGCCAGCCUUCAAUAUCCUCGUCCUCGUCCUCAUCCUCAUCCUCGUCAUCACUGCUGGCGGCAGCGGCAAAAUCCAAGUUUGCAGCGUCCUCUUCCUCAUCUCGCCACUCCUCUCCCCAGACAUCGCUGCUGUCUUCAUCCUCAAAGUCGUCGUCAGCGGUGGCAAAGGCGAGACUUCACGUGUGCCAGAAAAACUGAGGAGGGGUGGGUCAAAACAAAGACAAAGGAGGGAGAAAGAAUGGCCUGAAAUGAAGGAAGGAAGAAAGGAAAGACCUUCCUCUUCCUGCCAAUGACCGACCCCGGAGGUAACGAGAGGCAGAGACCAGGAAUCAGAGAGAGUGGGACAGAGACAAAUGGAGAGAGGGGUGAAUAACCAUACCUGUUUACACCUGUCAAAUCUCCCUGUAACCCCUCCUUCUCAUCCAAACCGUCCUUGUAUUUCAAUGCUAAUUAGCUUCCUGUCAGGCUGCAUUCACACACAGAGCGGGAAGUGAAACUCUUUGUUGUUCAGAUCUGGUUUCCUCCUGGGUGUCUAGACAAGCAGAAACCACUUUGAAAUCUGGUUCGACACCAUUUACACAGAGCAUUAAUAUUGAAAACCUGUUAAAUGUGGUUGUAAUGACCUCCAGCAAGCUUUGAGAACCCAUAGAUCCAAUCAUGUGCUGUUACUUUGAAAAAAACACACUACAGAUAUUAUCUAAAACAUAUCUUUAUUCUCAAAGAAGUAAAUGUUGUGCUAAUCGGGAGAUAAGCAUGAGAUAGCGUCCCUAAUUUCAGUAACUAAUGAUGAAGAACUAAUGAUCUCAUCUGUGAAGUUGCUUUAUUAUAGGUUUAUUUAAGUAGAUGUUCUUAUUUUUAUGGAAGUAUUUUGAUGACUCUGAUAAGCUAGCCUUAGAAUAUGCAUUAAGAAGUCUUACGUAAACUUGAUUUUAAAAAGAAAGCUUAACCAACAUUUCUCUAACCAUUUGGGCAAUCAGCAAACACAAAAAUGUUACAACAGCUCUGACGAGAGUUAAAGUGAGUUUUGUCUUUAGUUUUAUAGCAAUGAACAGGUGAUCUUUGGCUAUUAGCCUCCAAAGAGCUGUCACAGUAACACCCAUUUGGCAAAAGAGCAAUAGAAUUAACAUCCAUAUUCACAUCCCUAAACUGUGAAAUGUUGCUUCGUUAAACCAAAUCUGUCCCUUUUCAAACUUUAAGGCCCGAGGUUUGUCCAGACGUCUUGUUUUAUUGCACUGUUGUAAUUGUGAUAGAGUUAUUUUUCUAUAAGUUGUUCCUGUAUAUUUUGGAUGAAUGUUGGUAGAAAUGCCUGUUUAUUACGUGUCCCUCUGCAAGUUUAUUUUGGGGGUUUGUUUUCAACACUUUAAGAGGGAAUCUUCUGUUUCUGUAUUUUACAGGAGUCUGCUAAUCAAUCACUAAUCUGUGUUUUUACCAUUAAAAAAGAUCUGUCAUUUCCAA